GUCUCUCUCUCUAUUUUUUUCCCCCCUCUGCCUCGGAAAGAAGCCUCCCUCCGGGGAAUGACAGAGCCGAGAAGGAACAAGAGUUGAGCAGGAAGAGAGCGAGGGAGCAAGGGGGAGAAAGCCAGAGGCGGACGGUCGAAUCUCUAUCCCUGACACACACACUCACCGUCUUGAGGAGGAGGAGAAGGAGGAGGAGGAGGAGGAGAAGAAGAAGCAGAAGAAGAAGAAGAAGCAGCGGGCUGAGGAGAGGCAGCCGGCGGACACACACGCACAGACACCAGGGAAGAGAAGCCGAGACAGAAACAGACGCUGUUUGGCGCUCACCUCACGUUAUGGAUCCUUACGACGAAGAGCAGCGCUACAUGCAGCAGGAGGACGACUGGGACCGGGACCUGCUCCUGGACCCCGCCUGGGAGAAGCAGCAGCGAAAGACAUUCACGGCUUGGUGCAACUCUCACUUGAGAAAAGCCGGCACGCAGAUCGAAAACAUCGAAGAGGACUUUCGAGACGGUCUGAAACUCAUGCUCCUGUUGGAGGUUAUCUCAGGGGAACGUCUGGCCAAACCCGAGCGUGGCAAGAUGAAGGUGCAUAAGAUCUCCAACGUGAACAAAGCACUGGACUUCAUCGCCAGCAAAGGAGUCAAGCUGGUGUCCAUCGGCGCCGAGGAAAUUGUCGAUGGCAAUGCUAAGAUGACACUGGGAAUGAUCUGGACCAUCAUCCUCCGCUUUGCCAUCCAAGACAUUUCCGUCGAAGAGACGUCCGCCAAGGAGGGCCUCCUGCUUUGGUGCCAGCGGAAAACGGCGCCUUACAAGAAUGUCAACAUUCAGAACUUUCACAUCAGCUGGAAAGAUGGUUUGGGCUUCUGUGCGCUCAUUCAUCGACACCGUCCAGAGCUCAUCGACUACGGGAAACUACGCAAGGACGACCCUAUGACCAACCUGAACACAGCCUUUGACGUGGCCGAGAAGUACCUGGAUAUUCCCAAGAUGUUGGACGCCGAAGACAUUGUGGGCACUGCCCGUCCGGACGAGAAGGCCAUCAUGACCUACGUGUCUAGCUUCUACCACGCCUUCUCGGGCGCCCAGAAGGCGGAGACGGCGGCCAACAGGAUCUGCAAAGUGCUGGCCGUCAAUCAAGAGAAUGAGCAGCUGAUGACGGACACACGACGCUCUUUUUCUCAGCUGUUGGAGUGGAUCCGCCGCACCAUCCCGUGGCUGGAGAACCGCGUGCCCGAGAACACCAUGCAGGCCAUGCAGCAGAAGCUGGAGGACUUUCGCGACUACCGUCGGCUGCACAAGCCGCCCAAAGUGCAGGAGAAGUGCCAGCUGGAGAUCAACUUCAACACGCUGCAGACCAAGCUGAGGCUCAGCAACCGGCCCGCCUUCAUGCCCUCCGAGGGCCAGAUGGUGUCGGACAUCAACAAUGCAUGGGGCAACUUGGAGGGUGCCGAAAAGGGCUACGAGGAGUGGCUCCUCAACGAGAUCCGCCGCCUGGAGAGACUGGACCACCUGGCCGAGAAGUUCCGUCAGAAAGCGGCCAUCCACGAAGGCUGGACUGAGGGCAAGGAGGAGAUGCUGCAGCGCAAAGACUACGAGACGGCGUCGCUGUCUGAGAUCAAGGCUCUGCUGAAGAAGCACGAGGCCUUUGAGAGCGACCUGGCUGCCCAUCAGGACCGGGUGGAGCAGAUUGUUGCCAUCGCGCAGGAGUUGAAUGAGCUGGAUUACUACGACUCGCCAAAUGUAAACAGUCGCUCUCAGAGAAUUUGUGACCAGUGGGAUUCCCUUGGGGCUUUGACCAAGCAACGCAGUGAAGCUCUGCAGAGAACAGAGAAGCUUCUGGAAACCAUCGAUCAGUUGUACCUGGAGUUCGCAAAGAGAGCGGCUCCAUUCAACAACUGGAUGGAGGGUGCCAUGGAGGACCUGCAGGACUCUUUCAUAGUCCACACCAUUGAGGAAAUCCAGGGCCUCAGCACGGCCCACGAGCAAUUCAAGGCCACACUGCCUGAGGCGGACAAAGAGCGCCAGGCCAUCCUGGGCAUCCACAAUGAGAUCGCUAAGAUCAUGCAGACGUACCACGUUAACAUGUCCGGCAUCAACCCCUACACCACGAUCAAUCCUCAGGAGAUCAACGCCAAGUGGGACAAGGUACGACAGCUGGUUCCUCAGCGUGACCAGGCCCUGAUUGAGGAACACGCCCGGCAGCAGAACAAUGAGCGUCUGCGUCGGCAGUUCGCCAGCCAGGCCAACGUCAUUGGACCUUGGAUCCAGACCAAGAUGGAGGAAAUCGGCUACAUCUCAAUGGAAUUGCACGGCACGCUGGAGGACCAGUUGGCACACCUGCGGCAAUAUGAGAAGAGUAUAGUCAACUACAUGCCCAAGAUUGAGCAAUUGGAGGGAGACCACCAGCUCAUCCAGGCCGCGCUCAUCUUUGACAAUAAGCACACCAACUACACUAUGGAGCAUAUCCGUGUGGGCUGGGAGCAGCUGCUGACCACCAUCGCCCGCACCAUUAACGAGAUCGAGAACCAGAUCUUGACACGGGACGCAAAAGGCAUCAGCCAGGAGCAGCUCAAUGAGUUCAGGGCCUCCUUCAACCACUUUGACAGGGACCACACUGGCACGAUGGGGCCCGAGGAGUUCAAGGCCUGCCUGAUCAGCCUGGGCUUCGAUAUCGCCAACGACGCACAGAAGCGAACGGGAGUGAUGGACGCCGACGACUUCAAGUCCUGCCUUAUCUCUGUUGGUUACAACCUGGGCGAAAGCGAGUUUGCCCGCAUCAUGAGCAUUGUGGACCCCAACCGCAUGGGCGUGGUCACCUUUCAGGCCUUCAUUGACUUCAUGUCGCGCGAAACGGCCGACACAGACACGGCCGACCAGGUCAUGGCCUCCUUCAAGGUCUUGGCCGGAGAUAAGAAUUACAUCUUGGCGGACGAGCUGCGGCGGGAGCUGCCCCCCGACCAGGCGGAGUACUGCAUAGCCCGCAUGGCCCCGUACACGGGCCCCGAUGGCGUGCCCGGGGCCCUCGACUACAUGUCCUUCUCCACCGCCCUCUACGGCGAGAGCGACCUUUGAACUCUCUCCGCCACCCUGCCCCUCACCCGCCCGCUUCUUUUGUACGUCUCUGGCCUUAUUUUUUUUUUCUUUUUUUUUUUUGUCCGCCUCACAAGUUGUGUGUUCCUUCGAUUCCCCCCAUGCCAAGCAGUUUACACAGAAAAAAAACAUGUUAUGUUUUUAUUUUCUUCUUGUUGUCUUCUUCAUAAAGGAAUAAAGUUAACAUAUUUUAUGAUACUGAACAAAAAAAAGGUAUUUUUCUUCACCUGGUUGAGAGUGAGAAAUGGAAAUUGUAAUAAAUAAAAAGUGCUUUCAUGUUGUCUGUUUA